UUCUAAACCCCUAAAACCCUAGCGAGCUUCUAAAUAAAGACUCGCUCCCGUCUCGCUGGUAACCGUACUAAAAUCAGUGGAGGCUAAUAUGAACUGAAUAAGAAAGACAUUCUGUCGUUAACUUAUUGUUUUUUUUUUUGUUUGUAAUAUUUUGAUACAGUUCGUUCAGUGUGAGGUGGGUUAGGGGGAAAUUAUAGGCUUAAGUCUGCUGUAAAUCAUAUCUCAGCACUUCUUUUUCUUCUUCUUUUUCCGGAUUCUUGUACUAUUUCUGUGUCACCGGUUGAUCUCUUUCCUUUCUUUUUCCUUGUUUUCUGAGCGAACAAACGUCAUGAACUAUCGUUUCCAUAACCUCCUGGGUGCCCCCUAUCGAGGAGGCAACACACUUAUCACGAAAAAUACUCAGUUGAUUUCUCCAGUCGGUAACCGGGUAUCCAUCACUGACCUAAUAAAAUCCGAAACCAUAACCCUCCCUGUCCAAUCUUCAUCCAACAUUUGUCGCUUGGCAGCUUCUCCUGAUGGCACCUUCCUCCUCACAGUCGACGAGAACAACCGCUGUCUCUUCAUCAAUGUCCCUCGCCGAGUCGUCCUUCACAGAAUCACGUUCAAGAAUCAGGUGCAUGCUUUGAAAUUUAGCCCUGACGGCAAGUUUAUUGCAGUGGGUACUGGUAAGUUGCUUCAAAUAUGGCGGUCUCCGGCUUUCAGGAGAGAGGUUUUCGCUUUUGAGUUAGUAAGAACAUUUGCAGAGUUUGAUGAUAAGGUUGUUGCUAUAGAUUGGAGCUUAGAUUCCGAGUAUUUGCUUGUCGGGUCAAAAGACCUGACUGCGAGGUUGUUUUACGUUAAGAAACUAAAGGGUGCCUUGAAUAAGCCAUUUUUGUUUCUGGGUCAUAGAGAUACUGUUGUGGGUUGCUUUUUUGGUGUUGAUAAGCAGAGUAAUAGGGUAAAUAAUGUAUACACCGUUGCACGCGAUUGUUAUAUUUUUAGCUGGGGUUAUAGUGGAAGUGAUCCUAAAUUAGAUGAAUUACGAGCGGAGGACUCUGAACCACCCUCACCAGGUACGCCAGAGAGGGAUAUGGAGGAGAAUAUAGAGAGUAGUGGAGAUGGGAAUGUGAGGAAAAGGAAGAAUUUUGAUGGUAUUUUGGAGAAAAAAGAGUAUUUGCAUAGAGGGAAGUGGGAAAGGUUGAGGAAAGACGGGUUUAUGCAGGGAUCAGCGAAGGUGACUUCAUGUGAUUAUCAUAGGGGCCUUGACCUUUUGGUGGUGGGGUUCUCAAAUGGUGUUUUUGGGCUUUACCAAAUGCCCGAUUUUGUUUGUCUCCAUUUGCUUUCAAUGUCAAGAGAAAAAAUUACAACAGCAGUGUUCAAUGAGCUUGGGAAUUGGUUGACAUUUGGUUGUGCAAAGUUGGGGCAGUUGUUAGUUUGGGAGUGGCGAUCUGAAAGCUAUAUAUUGAAGCAGCAGGGACAUUAUUUUGAUGUUAAUUGCCUUGCUUAUUCACCGGAUUCACAGCUUUUGGCUACUGGUGCUGAUGAUAAUAAAGUCAAGGUUUGGACAGUUUCUUCUGGCUUUUGCUUUGUCACGUUUUCAGAACACACUAAUGCUGUCACUGCUCUCCAUUUUAUGGCAAACAACCAAUGUCUUUUAAGUGCUUCUCUGGAUGGAACUGUUCGUGCAUGGGAUUUGUUACGUUAUCGGAAUUUUAGGACAUUUACUACCCCUUCUUCUAGACAGUUUGUUUCUUUAGCAGCAGAUCAAAGUGGUGAAGUUAUUUGCGCUGGAACUCUUGAUUCCUUUGAGGUUUUUGUUUGGUCAAUGAAGACUGGCCGUUUGUUGGAUAUUCUCAGUGGUCAUGAAGGUCCUGUUCAUGGAUUAAUGUUUUCUCCUACGAAUUCGGUCUUGGCUUCAUCUUCAUGGGAUAAAACUGUUCGGCUGUGGGAUGUCUUUGAAGGGAAAGGUGCUGUUGAAACUUUUUCUCACACUCAUGAUGUUCUUACACUAACUUAUCGCCCAGAUGGAAAGCAAUUGGCUUGCAGCACACUAGAUGGACAGAUUCAUUUCUGGGAUCCAAUUAAUGGAUUAUUGAUGUACACAAUUGAGGGCCGUAGGGAUAUUGCUGGAGGACGACUUAUGACCGAUCGCAGAUCAGCAGCUAACUCCACUUCUGGGAAGUGCUUCACAACUUUAUGUUAUUCUGCUGACGGCAGUUACAUAUUAGCUGGUGGAAGUAGCAGAUACAUCUGUAUGUAUGACGUAGCUGAUCAGGUUCUUCUACGUAGAUUUCAGAUAACUCACAAUCUCUCACUAGAUGGAGUUCUAGACUUCUUAAACUCAAAGAAGAUGACGGAUGCUGGCCCACUGGACUUGAUUGAUGAUGAUAACAGUGAUACGGAAGAAGGUGUUGAGAAACAAACCCGAGGAGACUUAGGUUAUGAUUUACCAGGAUCCAUGCCCAAUCGUGGGAGGCCUAUUAUUAGAACAAAAUGCCUUAGAAUUGCACCAACUGGAAGGAGCUUUGCAGCAGCAACAACAGAGGGAGUUCUAGUUUAUUCAAUUGAUGAAUCUUUUAUCUUCGAUCCCACUGAUCUUGACAUGGAUGUUACACCUGAGGCCAUUGAUGCAGCACUAAAUGAAGAUCAACCAAAUAGGGCUUUGAUUCUUAGCCUGCGUUUAAAUGAAGAUGCUCUUAUAAAAAAAUGCAUUUUUGCUGUUGCUCCGGUUGAUAUUCCAGCAGUUGUCUCAUCAAUUCCUUUAAAGUAUUUGCAAAGGCUGGUGGAAGCCUUAGCUGAUCUCCUAGAAAGCUGCCCACAUUUGGAGUUCAUCCUUUGUUGGUGUCAGGAACUAUGCAAAGCUCAUGGUAGCUCCAUUCAGCAGAAUUCCAGAAAUCUUCUUCCUUCUUUGAAAUCCUUGCAGAAGGCAAUUACUAGAAUCCAUCAGGACUUGGCAGCUAUGUGUUCUUCCAAUGAAUAUAUGCUUCGAUAUUUAUGCUCCAUGAACAUAAAAAACUAAUGGAGAAUACAGCUAGUUGGAAAUUUGUAAAAUAUGAUGAGGAAGAAAAUAUAUUCUCAGUUACCUCUUGUAGCGUGGACCCAGAUUUUGCACUUAAGCUAAAGUGGUUGUGAGAAGCUUUGGUGCUUUUGCGUGCUGAAGAUUUUGCUAUAUAUUCAGUGCACCAUCAAUACUUCCGAAGUAGAUAUAGCAUUUUCUGGUCCAUGGUUCAAAUGCGGUAGUCUUGUAGUGUCUCGAGUUUUCUGCUUGCAAAUUCAGAGCCCUUGGAGAGAUUUGAUUGUAAUUUGCUAUUUUUUGAUAAAAAUUCUUUUGUAAGCCGAAAACAAAGCAAUUUGAUGGAAAUUUUGAUUUUACUUCUUUUA